AUGCCUCAGGAUAUGCCCCCACAGGGGGGCUAUUUGCCCGUGCAGUACAAGCGCAACAUCCCUGCCCGCGGCUUCCGCCCUAUCUACUACAUCGUCGGCAUGCACCUCGUCAUGGCCUACGGGUACUACAAGCUCUUCUACGGUAUUCGUGAACAGCACGAGCUCGCCCGUGAGAAGAUCUGGGGCCGUCUGCACAUCCUCCCUCUGCUGCAGGCCGAGGAGGACCGUGACCAGGCCCGUCGGUACUUCGCCGACAAGGCUCGUGAGAAGGAGCUUCUCGGCACGGACUCGAAGAUCUACAACUCGGAUCGCUUCGUUCGCCCUACUUUCACCUAUACCCCUACCAAUGUCACCCAAUAA